CGUAUAACUGGCAUUAUGCAGGGGAAAUCAUCUUUGACUAUUCAGUUUGUGGAAGGCCAAUUUGUUGAUUCAUAUGAUCCUACAAUAGAGAACACAUUCACAAAGCUGAUUACAGUAAAUGGGCAAGAAUACCAUCUUCAGGUAGUUGACACAGCUGGACAGGAUGAAUAUUCCAUAUUUCCUCAGACAUAUUCCAUAGACAUUAAUGGCUAUAUUCUUGUUUAUUCUGUCACAUCAAUAAAAAGUUUUGAAGUGAUUAAAGUUAUCCAUGGCAAGUUACUGGAUAUGGUGGGGAAAGUCCAGAUUCCCAUUAUGUUGGUUGGAAAUAAGAAAGACCUGCAUAUGGAACGAGUGAUCAGCUAUGAAGAAGGGAAAGCUUUAGCAGAAUCCUGGAAUGCGGCUUUCUUGGAAUCUUCUGCUAAAGAAAACCAGACUGCUGUGGAUGUUUUCAGGAGGAUAAUUUUGGAAGCAGAGAAAAUUGACGGGGCAUCUUCACAAGGGAAAUCAUCGUGCUCGGUGAUGUGAUUGCACAGUGAAGGCUGAAAAGUGGGAAUAUGUUGUUCUAUCUAAAGAAGCAAACUGCCUGUUCCCCUCACAGUGAAACUACGCUUGUUCUUCUGUUAACUUGAACAAUAUACACUCAAUUGGAGACUUUUCCCUUCCGAUUAUGUUAAAGUCUGACUCAAAAAGGCUUCACUUCCAUUUGCAAAUUUUAAGCAAUCAUAUUUUCAAUUUAUAUAUUGUAUUUCUUAAUAUUAUGACCAAGAAUUUUAUUGGCAUUAAUUUUUCAGUGUAAUUGGAUUAGAAUAAUCAUCCAGAUGAAGCAUAUUGUUACACUACUAUUAACUAGGCUUAAAUAUCAGUGUUUCUUUGUGUUCAAUGUAUACUUGUAAAUAAAAUACUGCAAACCUA